AUAAGAAACGCUUUAUUUUAUGGAAACCAAAGAAUAUUACAACAGAUAAUAAAACAAUGCUUAUGGCUUCGAUUUUGAGCGUGUGGAGGGAGGAGUCGCUUUCCCUCAGCCUCCAAACUAUUCUCUCAAUAUGACUGCACUGGAGUGUUAUCCAUUGCCACACCCAUGAUGCGACUAGAAGGUGAGCGCAAUUUCCGAUUACAAAUGUAGGAAGUGACGUACGAAGAAGCAGCAAAGGCCUGGCAAUAGAUGGAGGUGUGGAGCCAUAAAGGAGGGGUUCGUGACGUCACGGCGGCCAUUAUACCGUACAGUAUACUGUGGGAUAGAAGGAGUCGCGGCUGUGAAACUACAGCGGACUGACUGGCAACGUUAUUCUAAUACAACCUCUGCGAACUUAGUAUCUCCUGUCAGGCGCUUUAAAGCCCUUUCGUUCGUGGCCGUGUAUAGACCGCUUUCCCCUGGGGGGUUCUACAUUUUAUUCAACUGGCAGCGGCCGACUUGUUGGUUUUUUGACGCCGUUCAUUGGCUCUUGGUUCCUCCCGGUGGCUGCCUUCCCUAGGCCGCCGGUCUUUUCCGUAGACGAGCCAUGGAUGAAAAAGCGUUCACGAAGGAGUUGGAUCAGUGGAUCGAGCAGCUGAAUGAGUGCAAGCAGUUGAGCGAGAGCCAGGUCAAGACUCUGUGCGAGAAGGCAAAGGAAAUCUUAACAAAAGAAUCCAAUGUCCAGGAAGUGAGGUGCCCAGUCACAGUAUGUGGAGAUGUACAUGGGCAAUUUCACGAUCUUAUGGAACUGUUCAGAAUUGGAGGCAAAUCACCAGAUACAAAUUAUUUGUUUAUGGGAGACUACGUUGACAGGGGAUAUUACUCUGUUGAAACUGUAACGCUGCUUGUUGCACUUAAGGUUCGCUAUCGGGAACGCAUUACAAUCCUCCGAGGAAAUCAUGAAAGUAGACAAAUCACACAAGUAUAUGGAUUUUAUGAUGAAUGCUUAAGGAAAUAUGGAAAUGCAAACGUCUGGAAGUAUUUCACUGACCUUUUUGACUACCUCCCCUUAACUGCACUGGUAGAUGGUCAGAUCUUUUGUUUGCACGGAGGAUUGUCUCCUUCUAUAGAUACACUUGAUCAUAUACGGGCUCUUGAUCGCCUUCAAGAAGUUCCACACGAGGGUCCAAUGUGUGACUUGUUAUGGUCUGACCCAGAUGAUCGUGGCGGUUGGGGCAUAUCACCUCGAGGUGCAGGUUAUACAUUUGGCCAGGAUAUAUCUGAAACAUUCAACCAUGCUAAUGGCCUUACUUUGGUUUCGAGGGCCCAUCAGCUAGUGAUGGAAGGAUACAAUUGGUGCCAUGAUCGGAAUGUAGUAACCAUUUUUAGUGCUCCAAAUUAUUGUUACCGCUGUGGCAACCAAGCUGCAAUAAUGGAACUUGACGACACACUAAAAUAUUCAUUCUUGCAGUUUGACCCGGCACCACGCAGGGGAGAGCCACAUGUGACCCGUCGCACACCCGACUACUUCCUGUAAACAGAAUUUUACUCUUGUACAGUAUUGCUACCAGCAGGACUUUGUCAUGAGAACUCCGAAGAGAAGCAGUAACUUCAAAUUCAGGGGAGCGUCGUCACUUAUGUACUCUUAAAUGAUGGACCAAAAGAUGUGCCAUAAAAGCCUCUUGUUUCAACAGCCGUGACCACCUUUAAAGACCCUGUCCUUUGCAUGCUGAAGUGGCAAUGUCUGUCAAAGAGAAAAAUCUGUUUCCUGGCAUAGCACUACUUGUAGUAUAUUUGCAUUCUCGGAGAGACUGCAAUCGCUAAAACAUUAACAACUCAUGAAUACGGUAACUGCAGUUAGCUAUAGCUCUACCCGGCAUGAAUAUAGAUAAGAUAGAAGCAGUCGGAUUAAACCCUUUGUGUGCUGCAGGGGAGGCAACAGCAUUCUGUUGGCUUCUCUGAUGUGAGGGGAUACGAGGACCUUUUUAAUCAGAGUACCAAGGGCCGUGCUGCCUUUAUUGUGACUUCAGAUAUGUUUAUUUUCAGGGAAUACAAUUUAAUUUAAAUUUCCAUAUGCGCUUAAGGUUUUUGGGGGUUUUUUUUCACCCUUUUUCCUAGUCUGCAACUGUUUUGUUUUCUGUAGUUUAUAACAAAUACAUCUGUGCCAGAACAUCUUCUGUUAGACUUUGCUGCUGGGUAAUGCAGCAGUAUCCUUCCCCCCCCCCCAUAAUAAACUUGUGAACAAAGUCCUUCUAAAUAAA